AUGCAAGCUGCAACGACCGAAUCACCUGACUUGGCGUCACUCAGUAUGCCUCAGGCGACAAGAUCCGCAUGCCUAGGUUUCUCCCCGAACGGGACUUUGCCUUCCGACAAACAACGGCCCUUUGCUAUCGCCCUACCCUAUCGUCGCUUCGGCUAUGAGUUCGUGGGAUUCAACCCAUUGAACCGAUCGGGAUAUAUCAUUAAAGGGCGUUACAUUGUCUGCAAUUGCCGAGGCGAUUCCCUUUUAUCGUCCAGUCUUCACCUUCAAUCGACAUAUCCCGAGCUAAGCUUGAAGAUCGGAAGCCGAGAGCUGAGCAAGUUUCCGGAGGAGAAACUCCCAGAUUCGCUUUCUUGA